GAUCCUGGUAUGCAAAUCUCACUUUAUACUGUCGUUGUGGUCUGCCUCUACGUCCUGUGUGAUAAGUACUUUCUGCAACAAUCUUAUCCACGUCAUACUUCCCAYCCAUACUCGGAGGUAUCAUUGAUCGGCGACUUGGGAAGAGCUCAUUCAUUACACAAGAUGGAAGAACUGAUGGGAGGAAGAUGGUCACCUGAAGCCACUAGGAAUUUUGCGAAAGGGCCGCCUAGUAGAAACUCUCCUUGCCCUUGUGGCUCAGGGAAGAAAUACAAAAGGUGCUGCGGAAAAUUGACAUCAACACUGUGAUUUUUUGGGGCGCAAGGAGCUUUGUUCAUGAUCUGUCAUUGUUUGUUUGUAUUGCAAAGUUACCACUGCAGAGUAAUCGAUGCUAGUCUUUGCAUGUGUUAAAAAAAAAGGGUUAAAAAAGGGGAGAAAAAAGGGAAAAAAAAGGAAGAAAAAAGCAAUCGAAAAAAGAUAGAAAGGGUUGGUUACCUGAUUAGGCAGUAUAGGCACAAGUUUUCUGAAGUCAGUCGUUUCAGGGAAAGUUCCGUGCUCGUCCUCCUGUGCAAUUUGAAAUAGAAAUUGCCAAAUUGGCUGUUUGAAAAAGGAAAGAACUGCAGUUGAAAGUUCUUUGCAUUGCUAAGGAAGUGUUUUCAUGAAGUUGGUUGUACCAGAGGGUGUGCCGUGAACUAGCCGGAAAUUAUUCUGGAUUCGAGUUUUUUGCAGAAGCUCUUUCUUUUAUUUUGCCUUUUUUUUUUUCCUGUUUUUCUUUGGGAGUUCGAGUUUUGCAGCAACUUCUUCUGUAUUUGAAAUUUUGAAUUCUUCAGCACACUGUUUUGGAUCUGAGUUUUGCCGCAACUUUUUCUGGAUUUGAGUCGUUUUUCUGGAUUUUUUGUUUUUUUAAUUCCCUCCUGUUUUUUUUUUGUUUUUUUUUUGCAAUUUUUAAAACAAAACCAUAUGGUUCUG